AUGUCAGCUUUUUAACCACACUUAAUUUCUUUUAAUAAAAUCCAUCUAUGCUUAAUUAUUUAAUUUCAGGGGCUUAAGAUAAUUAGAUAAUUAUUUUGUCAAUAGAAAUUAUUGAGACUUCGAGGUACUGAAAACCGAUAUUCAAGUUAAAAGAGCAUUCAUCUAUUAUUAAUUUUAUAGUUCUUCGACCUUCUAGUGAGGAUCUAAUUAUCAGUGCUUGUGAUAAAAAAAUAAAAUUUUGGUUAUUAUCAUCAUAUUAAUUUUAUCACCAUUUAUUUAGCGAUAAACAAUUAAAGCACAUAUGUUUUUGGAUUAUCUAUUAAUUAGGAAGGAAAUAGUGUCUUGUGGUUAUUGUUCAUUUUAACAAUUUAAUUCGAAAUCGAAUGCUCUAUUAAAUCUGUUUUAAUGCUAAUAUGUAUUGCUUUGGAUGUUUUGUUUUAAAAUUCAAGUUCAAAUUCUAUUAAAAUUACAAUCAUAUGA